AUGAAUCCAGGUCCCUUAAAACGGCCGCGAUCCGGGGUGGGUGGGGUGGCGUGGCAAAGCCACCAACAGCCUCUAUGCCGUGCUUCGGCCCGAGGAGGCGGCGAAGGUGACGGGAAGAGCGGAGGGGCGGCUACAAGUCUGACUUCCCGACCUCUCGUAAGCAAGAAACCCGGGUGGGAGAGGAAGAGGCGUAGGAGAAAGGGGUGGGUGCGGGGCAGGGUCCGGAGCCCAGCAGAGGAGGAGCCGGGGCCUAGUCGGCGCUAUGCCGGCGUCACCAGGGCAAAGAAAGUUAAGGCUAUUCUGUGUCGGCCCCUGACGCCACUGUACACUCCGCCUUCCAGCGCGCUCCCGCACGCGCCCGCCCAGCCACCGCCACCACGCGCCCGCUGGUCACUCAAGCCAACCAAGGCCUGUAUUUCCCCUCUUACCCGGCCGGCCAAGUGGGCCGGCCUCCCUUCCCUUCCCCUAGCCGUCCACACCCACGCGUACAGAGGGGCCGGGGCCUCCCUCAAGCUGCGGCCUCGGCCUCCUCCCCGCGCGGCAGCUGGUGCCUCCCCGGCCCUACGGGGCUCACGCGCACGACACAGCCACAAGAUGUCCGCUCUGACGGAACUACUGCCAGCUGCCACGCUCCGCCCCUCCCCCCUCCUCCUGCCUCUUCACCGCCGCGUAUCAGUCCGCCAACGCCGCCGUCGCGAGCACAGGACGAAUCUAAGGGUGAAGGGGGACCGUUUACUUCCUACGUCCAGAGCCGAGUUUAUGCUACCCCCUUUUCCUUCUUUUCGGAACAGCACCUUCUUACUAAACAGAUCGGAGAUUGGACUGGGAGGGCGGGGGCCGGAGGCGGGUCAUGGGCUGGGGGGAAGGGUGGACGAACGGCGGAAACCCUCAGACUCAGAGAAGCAUCGAGAACCGGAAGGAGACCAUGGGAGGAAGAAGCCGGUAUACAAGAGUGUUAGGAAACAUUCCUAUAGACCCGAAGGGAACUCAUAGUAUCCAGGAGGUCCCUAAAGAAAAGUCCCAGAUAAGCCAAGUUGUAUUACCCUCAUCUAAACAAGCUUCAGUAUGAAAAGGAACAUCUUAAUGCUCUGAAUUAACAAAGCACAGCAGACUGGGACAAAUUUGAGUUCAGAGUUCUUUACUUUUUUUGGGCCACAGACCAUUUUGGCAGUCUGGUGAAGCCAUUGACUCUUCUCAAAAUGUUUUUAAAUGUAUAAAAUAAAAUUCAUAGCAACAGUUGUAAUGUGAUAUAAAGUAUCUCAUUCCUAUUGGUGAUAUGAUACCUAUAUCUAUUUGCUGCUUACAUUAAAAAAUGGAAGAAAAUGCUACAUUUCAGUUUGAGAUUAGUAAAAAUAAAGCAAUUUUUUCCCCAA